AUGAACUCAGGCAACCCAACACCAAGAAACGAUUAUUUCACGACUUCACGCAACCCCAGACGAGACUACGACUACGACUACGACUACGAUUACGGCGCAUCGAAUAAUGGGUCAAUGAAUUCGCCUGCGGGAUAUGGCCGGGGGCGCGAGGGGCGCGGAGGAGGAUAUGGAGGAGGGACCUAUCUUGAAUCGCCCUCGCCCGGCGACUCAAUGGAACAGCUGUCUCCCCAGAUAUCCGUGCGGUCUCGGGGUCGCGAUAUAGACGAUGGUCCCUCAUGGGGUGGUCGCAAAGAUGAAGGCCGAUUUCGAGGAAGCGAAAGACAGAGACGGGAAGAGAAUGCGAGGCAGAGGAGUGCCAGUCGCAGCGGACGAAGCGGAGGUAGCGGCCGAGAAAUCAAGGGAGGGGAGGAGAUCGAUGGUGUUGUUCAAGCUAUCGAAGACGAAUGGGACUUUAUGGCGGACAGCGAGUGCAUCCCCGUUCAAGUUGGCCUACAAUUGAUGGACACAAGUACCCUUGGUCGCGCAGAUAGAGAGCCGGAGUUUUUACAAAUACAUCAGCGGAUCCAGCAUGCGUUGCGGUCUGUGGUCAAUGAGCAUCACCACGGGUUCAACAGUCUCCUCGGGACGUACCAUAACAUCCAGGGUAGUCUGCAAAGCUCACAGCACCAAAUCAGAACUCUUAAGGCCGCCCUUUUGGAAGCUAAAGCCAGUUUGCUUACUAUGAAGCCGGAGUUGAAGGAACAGGCAAUGGCAUCGCAGUCCUACGAUGAAAUCCUACAGCUUUUCGAGCUGAUUGAACAUGCUCAAUCCCUCCCAGAGAAGCUAGAAGCUCGGAUGUCGGAUAAGAAAUUUAUUGCAGCGGUUGAUAUCCUCAAAGAAGGGACUGCGCUCCUUCAACGCCCCGAGCUUGCCGGUAUAGGUUCCCUAGGAGACCUUCGGACCUACUUCAGCAACCAAGAAACUUCUUUGACUGAUAUCCUUGUCGAGGAACUGCAUGACCACCUGUAUCUGAAGUCCCCGUACUGCUGUGACCGGUGGAAGCCCUCGUCCGACAGAGAUGGUGCUUCAGCUAGUGCCAGUGGAACUUCUUGGGAGAAGCCCUUUUAUCAAUAUCUGUCAUCUUUGGAUGCAACUACACACUUUGUGGAGGAUAUAUCUCGCAACCCAGAGACAGAUACGUUUUAUUACAUCCAUCUUUUAUUGGAAGCUCUUCAUAAAAUGGGGAACCUGGACGUUGUUGUUGAUCGGAUAGAGCAACGUCUUCCUGUCGAGCUGUACAGUGUUGUCGAUAAAACAGGCGCUGAGGUAAAUAACAGCCAUCCUAAUUUUCAAAAGGAUACUCGAAAGCCUGGGCCAGGAGCAGUCGCCGAUUCCGCGUCAGAGCGAAGGCAUCUGUUGUCAGAAUUUCUGUGGAAUUUAUAUGCCAAGUUUGAGACAAUUGCGGAAGGUCAUCGCCUCCUUUAUGAAGUUAUCAGUGGCAUUGUCAAACGAGACAAGCUUGCAAAUGAGGUUCACUUGACCAGCAGCUUCCAAGAGCUAUGGAAAUUGUAUCAAAGCGAGGUAUGUACGCCAUAUAUCAAAUCGGCAGUGGUAAUACUAAUGUCUACGCAGAUGCGAUCUCUACUUCAUGACUAUCUUUCCACAGACGGAGCCGAGUCUUUUAGAGCCACUACUAGAGCAACGGAUAACGGCUACACCCAUUCUUCUGUCAAGCGCGAUAAAACAAAGAAACUCUUCAAAAUGUCCGAAGUCGACCAGGCCGCUUCUGAUUUGAAAGCAGAGCAAGAUGAGCUGGCCGAGAUCCUGAGAGCCUCGGUUCCCGGACUUGUGCCUAAAUCACGCCAGAUGUUUUCGACCAGCGAUAACAAUAGCUCUAACCAACAAAAUUCAGGGACUGGCCAUAAGCUACUCAUUGAACCUAGUGUCUUUAAUAUCAGCUUGCUCCUACCUCCUGCCCUUUCGUUUAUCCACCGGCUCAAGGAGAUAGUUCCCCCCAGCUCCGACAUCGCGGUUGGCGCACUUACGUCUUUCCUCGAUGAGUUCUUGAUAAACGUUUUCCAACCUCAGCUUGAUGAAGCUGUCAGCGAGCUCUGUGCCAUCAAUUUCAUUUCUAUGGAUGCUUACACUGAGGAUCCUCAAUGGGCCUUGCACUCUCCUCGGCCAAUUUUCAGAGGAACCAUAAACUUCAUGAAUUUAAUAAAAACGUUUAGCCGGAUGUUGGAUAGUAUACCCCACGAUCAAGCUUUCACGCAAUUGAUAAUUGAUCAAAUCAUUACUUACUACGAAAAGUGCUGUGGCUGGUAUAAGGGUAAGUGUGACAACUCUCCCAGUGUAUCUGCGAUAGGUUCUAAUGAAGCCCGUACAGCCCUUAUGACUCGGAUAUCACCUAACCAUCCUGGUGGUGUAGCCCUAAAGACUUCAGCGGCAUUUGCAGAGUCCCAGGAUAUCCGCGAAGUUGGACGAAAGCUAUGGGAAUGCUCUGCUAGUGAGAAACAGUCAUUAAUCAACAGGGAAAUAGAGCUUCUUCUCUCUGCAACCAAUGAAACCUCACUGAAAGGUUAUGACAUGGUAGCUGAUCCAAAGAUAGUUGGAUCAUUGUCACUGCUCUAUAAUAGCAUGAACUGGCUAUCGAGUAACCUGUCCAAACUGCGCCACAUCACUCCCCAUCAAACAGAUUCGAGCCAUAUCCAAUCAAGACAGGUAGCGCCUACUCGACGUUGGACUCUAGAGGCGGCGAUGAGACCGAAACGUGGUGAUCUCGAACGUCCUCUGCGUCUUCCUAUGACUAAAGAGUCUGUUGUGGGUUUCGAUGGUGCUGUUACAUCAAUUCAGAACCUAGCAUUUACGGCCAUUUUCACCUUACACCUCGAUAUUCGAUGUGGAUCAAUAUACAUGAUAUCCCGAGCAUUAAAAGGAAAAAAUGAUGGACAGCCACAGGAGCCGAACCGAAAUUCCUCGACCGAAAACAACUGGUCUUAUAUAUUAACGGUCGAACCAACAUCUGCUUCGCCUAUCGUGCUUGAAUUAAACAACGACCUUAUUUCGUUUGGUGCUAGAAUGUCCAACUAUCUGGGACCAAAUGAAUGCCGAUAUAUCACAUCUUGCCUUUCAAGACUCAUAGACCGUGCACUGGUAUCCAGCACUCGUUUUAUCGGUGCAAUGAACAGUUACGGAGCUUUGAGACUUCAGCUUGAUGUCCUUGUGCUUCAACAGAAUCUGAAGAAUAUCAUCGUUGUUUCCCCUUCCCCAGUAUCAUCCAAGAGCAGCCUAUCGUUGGACAAAGACGUUGCUGCUUCUAUGCCCGAAGUAGUUGCACUCCCACAAAGUGCCAAGUUCCUGGACUGGUUCCUUGAAGGGCCUGGCAAGACAUUACGAAAUGCAAAGGAAGAAAGAGAUAUGUUUAAGGAGAUGGGCAGCCAAGUCUUGACGGAAGGCAACGGGGAGCCGUUUACAUUUGAUGAGUUGAGGGUGUUGAUUGAGCUAUGUUACUCUGCUGCACUCAAAGGUCCUCAGGGGCCUGAGGCGAGAGAAGAGUUCAUGGCAGCUAAGCGUGGGCUUGACGAUUCAUUACUUAGAUUAAGUGAGGUUAUGUGGGAUGCUUGA